AUGUCCAGUACACUCGGUAAUUAUGUUGAGCUUCAGGACGCUUCGAACUCGAGUAGGACUAGCACAGACAUUGAAGACGACGUGGUAGUCUUUGAUGAGAUCUUUACAACUCAUCCGCCAACAGUAUGCAAAGUUUCAGUCAUCAGAGAACUAUCAUGGAUAUUCGCAUCAGCCACUGCCAUACUUGGGACCAAAGAGCUCAUGUGCAGACAUAAUUAUCAUUUUCCUGCAACGAUAGCGCUGACAAGCUUUGUGCUUGGUCUGAUUGUUUACUUAAUCGUGUUUUCAACAACUUCGAGUUCUUCAAUGAUAUACUGCACUACUUCACUUGGAUACGGGGUCAAGAACACACACUGGUUACAUCAAUUACCGAACGGGGAAUGGCGAAGAAUGUUCGGAGUGUCGUUCAUUGCCGCAGCGUCAAUACCUAUGCUCUUCCAGGGAAUCCUUCACAUGCCAAGCUUACCUGCAAUUGUUAUGUUAUUUCCAUUGAUUACUGCGACCGAGUCGAUAAUCCACUUUGCUGUCUGUAGUCUCCUUCCAUCAAAACAAACUCGCCAAAAAUCACCUUGGUGGUCACUCAUCGCCAUGUCUGCUUUGAGCGUCCACCUGUACAACGAAUACAGACUUAUGGUACCGGGCCUGGUCUGGAGUAUUACUGCUCUGAUUUCUAUGGGAACUGCGCGAGCUUUAAUUUCGAUCGAACUCGACCGUAGCUCCAACACCGAGACAAGACGCCAGAAAUUCCACGGCUUCAUUAUGAUGACCAUUGUGCUGGGAAUCGUGAUCAGCACUGUCAUAGCUUUCAAUUUCGAAAAAUCACCGGGAAUAAAUCUGAGUUACCAAACAAUCAGUUUGAUGCUGUUAAACUCAGCAUCACAUAUCGCCACUGCAGUCACCGGUGUGUCUUUGUUGGCAUACUCUCCCAGAUUAUCCAUUGCAGUUGAACAUGUGGAGUCUGCAUCGAGUCGCGAAGUGUUGGUUUCAUUUUGUUCCAGCAUACUUCUGCUAAUCGGUAUAACUUACUCUCAGCCGCCAACAGUAGUCUCGAAUGCUCAAUUUCUUUCAUAUAUGCUUGCGACAUUCUGCGUUCUGCAGACGGUGCAGGAUACUGAAGAUGAUGAAACAAAGCAGUCGGCUGAGGAAUUUACGUCGCAAAAUCGCAUAUUUGGAAAGAAACUCAAUGUUGCUUCGGGCAAGUUUACACUCCUUGCAUUUGCUGGCACGGGUCUGGUCGUAUACUUUCUCAAAUCAGUUUCCAUCCCAACAUUAUUGCCAAACAACGUUACCGUACUCAAUCCCAUCAAUAGCACGUCAUCAACCUUCGAUAUCGUUGUCAGCGCGUAUACGGAAGACCCCGAGUCGAUAAAACAGAUGCUCGAUUCAAUCAAGAGAACAGCGUACGUCAGUAAUGUGCAGACGAAUAUCAUUCUCUACACCAAAAAUCAAGAAGCAAAUCUGACUGAACUGAAAGAGUCUACGGGGGCCGAUACUGUUAUACUAUUGGAUAAUGCUGGGAGGGAAGGAGGAACAUAUCUCUACCAUAUUGUCAAGAACUGGGAUGUUCUCGCCGAGAAAACUAUGUUCAUCCAAGCCCACGCUCACAACAUGCGAGAAUUGCUCCCCAGAAUUAACGACUACCUAGUCGAAGAAACUGGCAUGUUGAGUCUGGGAUUCUCUGGUGUAACAUGCAACUGUCUCAGCUGCGAAGAUCGAUGGGGUUGGAAAGAUGACGAUAAAGUUAUUCCCUCUUUGUAUCAGGAGAUUUACAACCAGACGUGCGGUCCGGAUACGUCUAUACUACUCUCUUACAAAGGUCAAUUUAUCGCAAGUGCCAGUCGGAUUCGUAGAAUUAAGACAUCGAUAUAUGAGAAGUUGUUGCUUGCAAUCACAACGAAAGAAGGUUGGAAUCCUGACGGCAAUACGACAACCUUCGAGAAUAAAGUGGAUGCUCCGCGUUUUGGGUUCACUAUGGAGAGAAUAUGGAGCCUGAUUAUGCAGUGUGCGACGGACCCGCGAGUUGCUGUUCGAUGCCCAACUUUGUUGAGUGGGAUGAGUAUUGGUGGUGAUGUUAGGGAUUGCCAGUGUCUGGACACUUGA